GUCGCUGGUAGUGAACUGGUGUGGAGAGAGGGAGCUUCCGGGACGAAGACUGGGGCACAGCAUCUGCUGGACCUUGUGCCCGGGUAGAGGGGGCACACACCCUCCGCCCAGGAAGACAGCUCCUGGCAGAGUCGAGGUAUUUGUGGGAGGCGUAUAUGGGACGGGGUGUGCUCUAGAAAGAUCAUAGAGAACAGUUCGAGCAAUGGACGCAUCUACCCAGGGAAAUGGAGGCAUAGUAUCUGACGUUGUCUUUGUCAUAGAAGGAACAGCUAAUUUGGGACCUUACUUUGAGUCUUUGAGGAAACAUUAUCUUCUUCCAGCGAUAGAAUAUUUUAACGGUGGCCCUCCAGCAGAAACUGACUUUGGAGGAGAUUAUGGCGGCACACAGUAUAGUCUUGUGGUCUUCAACACUGUGGACUGUGCCCCGGAGUCCUAUGUCCAGUGUCACGCUCCCACCAGCAGUGCUUAUGAAUUUGUUCAGUGGCUGGACAGCAUCGUGUUUAUGGGAGGUGGAGGGGAGAGCUGUAGCCUCAUCGCUGAAGGACUUAGCACUGCCCUGCAACUGUUCGACGACUUCAAGAAGAUGAGGGAACAGAUUGGGCAGACGCACAAAGUUUGCAUCUUAAUUUGCAACUCUCCGCCAUACUUGCUUCCUGCUGUAGAGAGCACAACCUACUCUGGGUACACAACGGAGAACCUGGUCCAGAAGAUUGGGGAGAGGGGAAUCCAUUUCUCCAUUAUUUCUCCUCGGAAGCUGCCAGCCCUGAGGACGCUUUUUGAGAAAGCCAUGCCAGUGGGUAGUAUGAUGGAGCCACAGCCCAAGGACUACAGCCAGGACCCUCGCCACAUGAUACUCAUUCGAGGAAUGGUCCUUCCAGUAGGGGGAGCCAUUCCAUCGAAACAGCCUCUUCCCCAGCCGCAGUUCCCUGUGGUGCCCUCCCAGCUUCCCAGUGCCCCUUCUCACCAGCUUCCACAAGUCCAGGCUCCGUACAUGCAUCCUUCUCAGACAAACAACUUGACACCCGCACAGCUUGCUGCCCAGUCUGCAGUUAAAGCUGCCGAGAUGCAGAAGAGCAAUAACCAGAAUCGGUUUCCUGGACUUGGAGCCUUGCCGUCGGCAUCGACUGUUGGCCCACCAUUCAACCAACCACCGGCUCCCACAAUGCCUCAAGGGCAAGCAUCCAAGAUGGUUACCUCUACCGCUGCUUUAAUAGCGUCUUCUCCUCAGCCAAGUUUAGUUUCCACUGUAACCACAGGGCCUGGACCGACUCAGGGAAUGAUGACCCAACAGACGGCUCCACAACCACCUGUCCCACAGACGAUGCCUGGUACGGGAGCACCGCCUGGUGUACCAGCUCAACAAUCGACUGCGCCUCAGAUUGGGGCACCACAGCUGCCCAAUACCCAGCAGUCUGUCGCCAACAAAAUGCUGGCCUGGAGUGGUGUGCUUGAGUGGCAAGAGAAGCCUAAACCUCCAUCUGUGGACACAAAUGCAAAGCUGACACGUUCCCUUCCAUGCCAAGUGUAUGUCAACCCUGGAGAAAAUCUGAAAACUGAUCAGUGGCCUCAGAAGUUAAUCAUGCAGCUGAUCCCUCAACAGUUAUUGACAACAUUAGGACCAUUAUUCAGGAACUCUCGCAUGGUGCAAUUCCACUUCACCAACAAGGACCUGGAAUCUCUUAAGGGUCUCUACCGUAUCAUGGGGAACGGUUUUGCCGGUUGUGUGCAUUUUCCUCACACCACCCCAUGUGAAGUCAGGGUUCUUAUGCUGUUGUACUCCUCCAAGAAGAAAAUCUUUAUGGGUUUGAUUCCAUAUGAUCAGAGCGGCUUUGUCAACGGUAUCCGACAAGUGAUCACCAAUCACAAACAAGUGCAGCUGCAGAACCGAAAUAUGGGGGCAGGUCAGUCUAUGGGCGCUGGGUCUGUCCAGCCCAACCCUCAAGCCUUCUUAUCCAAUAAACCUGGAUCUCUGCCGGUGACACAGACCGUACCGCAGCAAAUGUCCGGGCAGCAGGUAACACAAGGCAUGACAUCAGUGAACCAGGUAACUAUGAUGGAUGAACAGCAGAGAUCCCAGAAUCUGUUACAAAUCAGAAUGCAGCAACAACAGGCACCUCAGGGCCCCAACCAGGCGCCUCAGCAGGCAACACAAGCUACAGUGCAAGCCCCUGGUCAACCUCAGAACCCCCAGGCAGGAACCAUGCUGAGACCUCAAAACCCUGGUGCCAACCCCCAACUCCGAAACCUACUGCUCAGCCAGCAGCCUCCGCAGGCUACAGUUCCUCAAGCGCAGCAGCCCUUGCAUCACUUGCAGCAGGCAACGCAAGGCAUGCUUCCUCACCAAGCACUGGGGCAACAGAUGCCACACCAGGCCCCUGGCCAGCCACAGUUGCAGAUCUCAGGGCAGUCUCUUAUGCAUCAGGCCCCAGCACAGCAGUGGGGCAGUCAAAUGGCACAACGGGCACCCAUGCCAGGUGUCAUGAUGAAUGCAGGGCCUCGGGGACCCGUCCCUCAACCAGGAUUACAACAAGUGCAGGCGCAAAGUGUCAUGGAAGAGGAUAUUUUAAUGGACCUUAUCUGAAAAUAGAAGUUGGGAUUACAUCUGUUUUGAACUAUGAAUCACUCCCUCAGUCAACUUCAAUCAUGCUAUGUUCCCACUAGCGUUAGGAGAUCUGGCAGCAUUCCUGCACAAAUGCCGGCUGUCGGCCAGACAAAAGCUGCUGCCUGUAACAGCAAUUCUUGGGCCGAAACCUGAUAUUUAUGCCAUAAAGUGGCCGGAUUACCUCCAGAUUCCAUUAUAGUUAACGGAGUCUGGCAGUGAACGACAGUAUACGGCAGACGGAUCAGGCUACCGGAUUUCGGAACACAUGUGAACUUACCUUUUAAUACUACUAGAGAAACUUUGGCAUUCUUCUACUACAUCACUUACACAAUCUGGCUGAUUCCUCCGGCAGAAGGCUAUAUGCACACGAUCGUAUGUGUUUUGCAGUCCGCAAA